CUAGCAUAGCUGUACUUCCGGUUUGCUCCUCCUCGUUGUCGCCAUCUGCUUCGUCCCACCGGCUUUCAUCAUGAGCGGAGCCAGCGUCAAAAAGAGCCCGUCUGGUUCGUCAAGCGUUAUGGAUUGGAUCAGUUCGGCCUGUCGCUUUGCAUCAGAUAGAAAUGAUUUCAGGAGGAAUCUUCUUGUCAACCUGGGGUUGUUUGCAGCUGGCGUUUGGGUUGCCAGAAAUCUCUCCGAUUUUGACUUGAUGGCCCCUCAGCCUUCCACGUAACCCUGUAACAUCCAGGAUGAUGAGGGUGCGAUGCAGCAGAUGACAAAGGCGUUUAUGUGGCGCAGAGGUCCGAUGAGUGGAAUCUGAGCGCUGUCUUCGGACUCUUACUGGGCUACCCUGUCACCUACUGGUUCGAUCAAACAGAGAGCUUUGAGAACUGCCUCUCUAUG